CAGUCCGCAACCGGCAGCCGUGUCAGUCGCCACACGUUCUCUCCUGCAGCCCACCUGCGAUCACUCGCGUCUGACUGAUCUCCUGUCUAACUGUCAGUGUGGUGCGCGCCUGCGAGGAGUUUUCGCCAAAUUGAUCGAUGGCAGGAAUGACGGGCGAUCAGUGACAGAGAAGCGUCGGGACGCCAAACAAUGUCAGCCUGUCUGCUGUCCGUCAUGCCAGUCGGACACUAACGUCGCGUUGUUUCGUUUUCUUUUCCUUACGCGCGUGAUAUGUUUUUUUACGCCGGUGUUCUUCGUCCGCACGUUGUCUUCUUCGGCCGAGACGUUUUCACUUUUUUCGCCAACGCCAACAACCAUCUCUUCGGCCGGCAGUUUUGUUGAUUUCGACUGAAAAUUUUCGCCUCACAACUGGAAAACUCCGUGCUGCGUCUUUUUGGCAAACUUUUUCCAUCUCCUUGGCGUUCAUCCUGAAUAAUGCGAAUUGCGGCGUCGGAAGUGAGCGACAUCGAGCAUCAUCGCACUACUACCAGCUGUGACAUCGCACCGGCGACCUUCUCCAUCCUGCUAGCAGCAGCAGCAGCGACGACAGCUGAUCAGCGUCGCGCCGCGCCGGACGUGUCACGCGUGGAAGAAAGUGUUGUUGUGCGCGCCGCUUAAAAGCAAAAGUUCUUUGCGAAAUACGACGCGAGCAAGGUGUAUUAUAUUAUACCGAUCCUACCUGUGUGCGGUUUUUGUGCGACAGCGACGUCACCAGUAGAAAGUGGGUUUUGUCGCCAUCGAACAGCGACCUACCGUACGGAGAGCGUUCGCUCAAGCCAGCAGGAGGCCUAAUUUCGGUGAGUUUCGAUGCGAGAGUAUUCGGCUUGCGGGCGCGACGCCCGCCAUUCGACAUUUGCGUUUCAAUUAUUUCCAUUCCCUCAGCUCGCUGGGUAGUGAAUGUCCAAAGUUUCGGUUGGGUCAUACUAAAUGCAACGCACCAAUGAAAAUUGAACAUUUAUCAGCUAGUUUCACGAUCAAACAAUAGUCUAAUCUCAAACGAGUUUUGUUCUAAAAUAGCCCCCGUUGUUGCGCAAUUGGUGACAUUUCAACCGCGGAUAUUUUUGUAACAAUGACGCGUUGUGUGCAAUGGCUGUGCGUGCUCCUGCUGGGGGUGGUCGCGGUGGACGUGGACGCCGCCGCGCGACCUCAACCUAUCUACUCCAAUCAUUUUGCGGUGCACAUUCCCGACGGUGAUGCCGAUGGUAUUGCUGCGAGGCACGGAUUCGUCAACACUGGACAGAUUGGAAGUCUCAAAGGAUAUUAUCUCUUUGAGCAUCAACAUGUGCACAAGCGCUCCACGUAUCGCAACGAACAUUUUCAUUCGAAAUUGGAGAACGAACCUCAGAUCCAAUGGGUACAACAACAACAUGAAAAGAAGCGUAAGAAGCGCGACUACGUGCAACCGUCGACGUCACCGUUUGUCCAGUACUUUGGCGGCGUUGCACCCGGCGCAGGCAUUGGAGGACCGGGGGUGGCGGCGACGGCGGGCCCCAGCCGCCACGGGCAGCCGCGUUAUCGCGCCGCCGUUCCGGCGCGUGCCUUCCCCGAUCCGCUCUUCAAGGAGCAGUGGUAUUUGAACGGUGGAGCAAAAGACGGAUUAGACAUGAACCUUGGUCCUGCAUGGCAAAAGGGCUACACUGGAAAAGGCGUGGUCGUCUCCAUCCUCGACGAUGGCAUCCAAACCAAUCAUCCAGAUUUGUCGCAAAAUUACGACCCGCUGGCGAGCACGGACAUCAACGGCAACGACGACGACCCGAUGCCGCAGGACAACGGUGACAAUAAGCACGGCACCAGAUGUGCCGGCGAGGUUGCCGCCGUCGCGUUCAACCAGUAUUGUGGUAUCGGCGUGGCGUACAACGCCAGCAUUGGCGGUGUGCGGAUGUUGGACGGCGUGGUAAACGACGCGGUGGAAGCGAAAGCACUCGGUCUCAACCCUGAGCACAUUGAUAUUUAUUCAGCCUCGUGGGGGCCCGAAGACGACGGCAAAACUGUCGACGGGCCUGGGCCGCUUGCGCGUCGCGCCUUCAUUUACGGCGUGACGAGUGGCCGUAAAGGCAAAGGGUCUAUUUUCGUGUGGGCCUCUGGGAACGGCGGUCGGCACACCGACUCGUGCAACUGCGACGGCUACACCAACAGCAUCUUCACACUAAGCAUAUCGAGUGCCACUCAGGGCGGGUACAAGCCGUGGUAUUUGGAGGAGUGCUCUUCCACCUUAGCGACAACGUACUCGUCGGGCACGCCGGGUCAUGACAAAAGUGUGGCCACCGUCGACAUGGACGCCCGUCUGAGACCUGAUCAUAUCUGCACCGUUGAGCACACGGGCACAUCAGCAUCAGCUCCUUUAGCGGCUGGUAUCUGCGCAUUGGCUCUCGAAGCCAACAAACAUCUCACGUGGAGAGACAUGCAAUACUUGGUGGUUCUCACCUCGCGCGCUGAUCCUUUGGAAAAGGAGAGCGGAUGGACCCUCAAUGGGGUCAAGAGGAAGUUUUCACACAAGUUUGGCUAUGGUCUUAUGGACGCUGGUUCUCUUGUAUCUUUAGCAGAGAAAUGGAUUACUGUUCCGCCGCAACACAUUUGCAAGUCGCAGGAGUUUGUCGAUGAUCGACAGAUUGAUUCAACGUUCAAGUUUACUCUCACCCAGCAUAUGGACGUAAAUGCCUGUGCGAAUACGCUAAAUGAAGUUCGCUUCUUAGAGCAUGUUCAAUGUAAGAUUUCACUUCGAUUCUACCCGCGUGGCAAUCUGCGAAUUUUGUUGACUUCUCCAAUGGGUACCACUUCAACGCUAUUAUUCGAACGUCCACGCGACGUUGUGAACGCUAACUUUGACGACUGGCCGUUCUUGAGUGUUCACUUCUGGGGCGAGAAAGCCGAGGGUAGAUGGACCUUACAAAUCAUCAAUGCUGGUAAUCGUCAUGUGAAUCAACCUGGCGUACUUAAAAAGUGGCAAUUGAUCUUUUACGGUACUGAAAACAAUCCUAUUCAACUGCGGAGUAGUAAUGCUCCGUCAGUUUCAUGGCGAUCUCCACAAAAUACAUUCACGUUCCCAACUGAAGCAGAUUCUGUAACCGCUGAUCCUUCAGUAACAGACAAUUUCUUUAGUCCGGACAUUUUCAAAGGGUUUAAUAAUUACCACAAUCUCUACACAUUUGCUGGAUCUGAUCCUCAACAGGCAAUUAGUUCAUUAGAUGGAAAGAAAACUAUCAUACGUGAUGAUAACCGGAUUGAUACCGAGGAAGAGACUAAAGAGAAUUGUGAUGAACAAUGUGAUGAUCAGGGAUGUUUUGGAAAGGGUCCAAACAAGUGCAUUGCGUGUAGAAAUAAACGAAUGGAUAAAACUUGUGUGAGUUCCUGCCCACCAAGGAGUUAUGCGGACGCGCAAGGGAUGUGUCAACCUUGUCACGAUUCCUGCGACACCUGCACCGGUGCCGGGCCCAACAACUGCAUGACCUGUUCACCAGGCCACGUGCGCGUCGUAGAUCUAGACAUUUGCAUGCAACAGUGUCCUGAAGGAUACUUUGAAGAUUUCGCCGAUAAGACGUGCACACCGUGCCAACCAAACUGCGCCAGUUGUCAGGAUAGACCAGACCAUUGCACCAGUUGUGACCAUCAUCUUCUGCUUUAUCAUAACAAAUGUUUAGCAUCGUGUCUAUCAAACACUUAUGAAACUGAUGAUUACUCGUGUUUGCCCUGCCACGAAUCUUGCGACACCUGCUCGGGUUCCAAUAGCUCACAGUGCAUAUCCUGCACAGCGGGUCAUUACUGGAACGAAGGACGCUGCGUUCACGAGUGCCCCGCACAUCACUACGCCGACGGCAGGUAUCGCGAGUGCAUUGAGUGUCCCCCGGGCUGUUCCGAGUGCAAUCAAACGACGUGCAUUUCCUGCCUGGAUGAUUGGCACGUCAACAGCAAGGGACGGUGUGUGCCACACGGCAGCGAUCAUUGCGACACAGAUCAAUACCCCGACGGCAUCCUGUGCAAACAGUGUCAUUCGACAUGCGGCACCUGCGACGGCCCGACGGAGCACGCCUGCCUUUCAUGCGCUCAUCCGCUCAUCCUGCAGGAUUCGCGCUGCGUCGCCGAAUGCAACAAAGGACGAUUUCCGGACAAAAGCAACAAAAUGUGCAAUCCGUGCAUUCACACGUGCAGUGAAUGUUCGGCCAAGUCCAACUGCACGAAAUGUGUGAGCGGGCUGCAGUUGCAAAGCGGGGAGUGUCGAUCCACCUGUGCUACUAGUUUCUACAGCGAUCGCGGCGUGUGCGCCAGGUGCCACAUGAGUUGCGAUACCUGCAGUGGACCAGGUCACGAUCAGUGCGUGACAUGUCCGCCGCAAUGGCAAUUUGCUGCCGGCGAAUGUCGCCCAGAUUGCCCCGAGGGCUUCUACAAGACGGACUAUGGUUGCCAGAAGUGCCACUAUUCAUGUAGGAAUUGUCCAGGGUGCAAAAAUUUGGCAGACAAACGGCGUAUUAAUGUGGAAGCUUAUCUGGUCGCCCCUCAACCGGUGCCAACAGUGCAGUUUGUGAAUCCGUUCAACUUUAUUACUGCUUUGGCCAUAGUGGCUUGCUUGUGUAUCAUCAUCUUGUUCUCAACGAUAUUUAUAAUUUUGCAAAAAAAUAGCGUGCAUUCAGGUCAAGGCCUCUAUAGUAGAGUGUCUAUCAAGAAGCCGAAGGUAACUUGCAACUACAAUGUGGUGGUAAGUGACGGGGACUCAACUGAUGAUGACACCGACAGCACCGAAGAGCGCAAGCUCAUCCACAAGGCAGACGCGGAGCGUCCAUCAUAUGGCGUAGCUGAAUGGUAAUGUAAAUAUGGCGUACAAUGUGAGCAUCCCAGAGGCGUUUAUCUCAGCCACCACCCACAACGAUGACCUACAAAUCCCGAACAUCCCCCUAAACUGUCAAACCCACUUACUGUCUUGUCUGUCUGUCUGUCUUCACUGUAUCGUAAGAGCGUCGAGCGAGUACGGAAGAAGCGCAACGACUGCACGGAUCAAAAAAAGAAUGUCAUAACAAGGAAAGUACACGUAACUAUAUUUAGUCCCGGAUAAAUUUAAACAAAUAAGUAAAUACACAUAAAAUACCUAAAUAAAGCAAAACCCUAACUGAAAACCAACGCUAUGUAAUGUAAAUAAUGAUAUCGCAUAUACUUGUACUCACUUAUCAAAUUGAACAAAAAAUGAAACAAACGAAACUGCAACAGAGAACAAAAGUACGAUAACAUAAAUGAUUACCAAUUGUACCAAAAUAACUCCUAUGUGUUGUUACUUUGUAUAAAUGAUAUUAUAUGAACGCGCGAGUGCGAUACGAGUGUGUGGCAUGGGCUCAAUGUAAAAAUUAAGCGGAAAAAUAUGGAAAAAAUAUUUAAAUUUAAGAAAGGGAAACUUAAGUGCUCUUGAUAUUUCAUGUCGUAAAUACAUAUAUAGUUAUUUUUAAAUGUACACUUUGUAUAUAAUCGGUAAUAGAUAAUUGAUUGUUUCAAUGUUAUUUAAGAAAUUUUACCGUUUAUAAAUCCAGUGAUGAUCAA